ACGAACUAUCAAGGCGUGUGUGACAGCAUUGGGUUUUGGUGCGCGAAAAUUUCCAAUUUUUUGAAAAUACCAACAUUUCGUCUGAAAAAAUCGUACUAUAGUUGCAAAUAGUAUAGUUAGAGUUGGAUAACAAUUUAAGUUCAGUGAUAAUAGUGACAAUAUGGGAGUACCAGCAUUCUUUCGCUGGUUAUCACGGAAAUAUCCGUCCGUCAUUGUGGAAUGCGUGGAGCAAAAGGGCAGUGAUGCAGAUGGAGAAGACCUUUACGACGAUAUGACGAAGCCAAACCCCAACAAAGUUGAAUUUGAUAAUCUUUACCUCGAUAUGAAUGGUAUAAUUCAUCCGUGUACGCAUCCGGAAGACAAACCUGCUCCAAAAAAUGAGGACGAAAUGAUGGUAGCUAUUUUCGAGUGCAUUGAUCGACUGAUGAAUAUAGUCCGGCCAAGAAAAGUGCUCUAUAUGGCAAUCGACGGAGUUGCUCCCAGAGCAAAAAUGAACCAGCAGCGAUCCCGUCGAUUCCGAGCGUCUAAAGAAGCAGCGGAAAAAACGGCGGAAGUGAAACGAAUCAGGGAGGAACUAGCUGCCAAGGGAUGUAUACUGCCUCCAGAGAAAGAGAAAGGCGAGCAUUUCGAUUCUAACUGUAUCACGCCUGGAACACCAUUUAUGGAUCGACUAAGUAAAUGUCUGCAAUACUAUAUUCACGAACGGAUGAACAGCAAUCCCGGCUGGAAGGGGCUGAAAGUCAUUCUGUCGGACGCUAAUGUUCCUGGAGAAGGAGAACAUAAAAUUAUGGAUUAUAUAAGGAAACAGAGGGCACAGCCGGACCACGACCCCAAUACGCAUCAUGUUCUGUGCGGUGCUGAUGCCGAUUUGAUUAUGCUGGGUUUAGCCACACACGAAACCCACUUUACCAUUAUAAGGGAAGAGUUUCUGCCGAAUAAGGAACGACCUUGCGAUAUUUGUCAACAGAUGGGUCACGAAAUGAAGGACUGCACGGGCUUGCAGUCGGCACGUGACGUUGAUAGCACACCUCCCCUCCCGGGGAAAGAAACCCAGUAUAUUUUCGUCAGACUGAAUGUGUUGAAGGAAUAUUUGCAGAAGGAACUUGAUAUGCCAAAUCUUCCGUUUGAGUAUGAUUUUGAGCGCGUAAUUGACGACUGGGUGUUCAUGUGCUUUUUUGUUGGUAAUGACUUCCUACCGCAUUUACCUAGCUUAGAGAUUCGGGAAAACGCUAUCGAUCGGCUGGUCACAUUGUACAAGAAGUGCGUCUACAAGACGAAGGGCUAUUUAACAGAUUCUGGAAGUGUUACUUUGGAGAGUGUCGAGGUGAUCAUGACUGAUCUUGGUUACGCAGAAGAUGAAAUUUUUAGACAGCGCAAGGUCACCGAAGACCGAUUCAAGGAACGUAACAAGCGAAUGAAGCUGCAGAAAGAAAGGGAACAGCGGCCCAAUUUUGAACGGAUUAACAAUUCUCAGUUUGCACCGACGCCCCUCGGAAGAGGGGUGACUCCACAGGCUAUUGUCAAUCCACGCCAGGAGGCGACAAACUUCCGCAUGGCAGGUGCGAAUCAUUCGCAAUCCAAUUCACAGGCUAGUAAUCAAGCCAACGAUAAUCAGAAUCGUCGUGGUCAGAAGCGAAAGGCUGAAGAUCCUAUAAACCAUGAAGAGGAAGAACCGGAAACUCCGGAUGAAGUUCGGCUGUGGGAAAAUGGCUUCAAGGAUCGUUACUAUGAAUCGAAAUUUGAUGUUCUGCCGCAAAAUAUCGAAUUCCGUCAGAUCGUAGCCUGGGAAUACGUGCGUGGGCUAUGCUGGGUACUUAAAUAUUACUAUCAAGGAUGUGCAAGCUGGGAGUGGUAUUUUCCCUAUCAUUAUGCGCCUUUUGCUUCCGAUUUUAAAGCGUUAUCUAACGUCAAUACACGCUUUGAGCGUGGAACUCCAUUCAAACCGUUGCAACAGCUUAUGGGAGUUUUCCCCGCGGCUAGUAGGAAUCACGUUCCGGUCGUGUUCGCGGAGCUUAUGGUAGAUCCAAAAUCACCGAUUAUCGAUUUUUAUCCGGUGGAUUUUCACAUCGAUUUGAACGGGAAAAAGUUCGCCUGGCAAGGUGUGGCUUUGCUGCCGUUUGUCGACGAGCAGAGGCUGUUCAAGGCAACCGACCCGAGGGUGCCGGCGCUCACGCAUGCAGAGAGGCUACGCAAUGAAAACGGCCUCGCUCGAUUGUACAUAUCUGCAGGAACAGACGCAUACAGAAUGGUGAAAGGCCUCUACAACGAUAAGGUGGACUAUGAACGUGAAGUACCCAUCUUGGCAGGGUGUAUGCGUGGAUUGAUAAUUCCUACCAAGGAAAGCGUGCCGCUUGAUGGUGUUUUACCUUCGCCAAUUCCUGGGCUUUAUCCGGUAAGCGAGAACCAAGUGUUGACGAUAAAAUUUCUCGAUCCGAAAUAUGCGGAUGACUUUAUCUAUCCAGCGCGGAAACUGGAAGGAGCACGCGAUCAACCGAAGGUUUUGGGAGCAAACGAGGGUCCAGUAAUUGGCUUUGGCCCAAGAACGGAUCGUGGUCGCCUGGGUAAUGCUGGACACCGAAUGGUGAAUCACUAUGGAGGUCGCGGUGGAUUCAGAGGAAAUAACAAUUUCAACAGAGGUGGAAACAAUAGCUACCAGAGCAAUAAUGAUUCUUAUUCGUCCAAUGCCAAUCACAACAGUGGCGAGCACGCCAAUACGAAUGCUGCGGCGCCUCCGAACCGUGGCGGGAUGAGCGUUUUCGAGCAACUGAGUAGUCGUAUCAAUCAUUACCAACAGCAAGUGCUGGGGGAAAUUUCACGGAAUGCCAACACCACCGGUGGUGUCUUGCCCAAUCCGUUUGCCAAUCAGUUUCGCUACGAUUACAAUUCUUCGAACAACGCGAGGCAGAACAGUGGCGACUAUCACAAUCGGGGAGGAUACAAUCAGAACCAACAGCGUGGAAGAAAUAUGGGUAAUCAUAAUCACAACAAUCAAGGUGGUGGCCAACAUCAGCAAAGAUAUCAAGGUGGCGGUGGUGGCGGCGGCGGCGGAGGAGGAGGACAGAGAUUCAACAACAAUUUUAAUAAUGGAGGCGGAAACCGCUAUGGCUCCAAUAAUUCCGGCGGUAAUCGAUUUAAUAACAAUAGGAGAAACUAUUAGGACACUUCUAGAUUUGAAGUGAGAUGGCAGUGGACUUGUUCUGCUGUUUUUAAAACAAUAUUUUUCUUGAAUGAUAGUACCUGCCAUUAGGAAGAUUCAGUGCUUAUAGUGCUGCAUUGUGUAAAUGGCAAAUGUCAACCUUUCAAUAGCACAUGCUAGUUGUUAAAAGAUCGUGUAACAUUUUUUUUAUGGAAAUAAUUUCAUUGUAGAGGAGCAUUUCUUUUCUAGACAAGGUCGAUGAGGAAAAUGUUUAAAAAUCUGAUGAAAUUAGAUCUAGCGGACUUUAGUAGACUAUUUCUCAAUAGUUAUAAAAAUAUAUUUAUACUUAGGAGUAUAAAAAAAUAAAACAAUAAUAGUUUGGAA